UUGGUGUUCUGCAUGGAGUACUUCGCCAAUAACCUGAACUGGCUAGAGGAGAGCCUGGGGCACGUGGAGGAUGACUACAUAUUGUUUGAUUGCCCAGGUCAGAUCGAGCUCUAUACACAUCUGCCAGUGAUGAAACAGCUGGUGGAGCAGCUGCAGCAGUGGGAGUUCCGUGUCUGUGGAGUUUUUCUUGUGGAUUCUCAGUUUAUGGUGGAGUCUUUUAAGUUUAUCUCUGGAAUUCUGGCAGCACUCAGUGCAAUGAUAUCUCUAGAGAUUCCACAGAUUAACGUCAUGACCAAAAUGGAUUUGCUGAGCAAGAAAGCCAAGAAGGAAAUAGAAAAGUACUUGGAUCCAGAUAUGUAUUCUAUGAUUGAAGAUUCUACAAAUAUAUUGAAAAGCAAAAUGUUUAAAAAACUGACUAAAUCCAUAUGUGGAUUGAUUGAUGACUAUGGUAUGGUCAGAUUUCUGCCUUUUGAUCGUUCUGAUGAGGAAAGUAUAAACAUAGUUCUGCAGCACAUAGACUUCACCAUCCAGUAUGGAGAAGAUCUUGAAUUCAAAGAACCAAAGGAAUGUGAAGAAGAUAAAUCUGCCCUAGUGGAUGAAUAUUUUCAAGAUCAUGUCAAUGAGUAAAAAAAGAUAAGUUCAGAAAUGGGAGGAGAAUAC